AUGACAGGUUAUCAGCGGCUGUGGAGGUGCAGCCGGUGGCUGGGACAAUGCAGGGUCGGAUUACUGGGAGCGGCACCAGAGACUGGCUGGAGGCCGCACAUACGAGGCAGGCUUUACUCUGCUGUCAGCUCUCAGGAUGCAUCAAUCAGGACUCGGCUCAGCCGCUGUGUCAGCGCUGCCCAUUCUUCCAAUGUCCCCCGGCUGUGUACCGUCCACUGCCGAUCUGUACAUGAAUUCGGGAGUCGGGGCAGCGGUGCUUCCUCUGGAGAGGACGGGGCACAGUCCGGGGAAGGAGGAGAUGAGAGCAGUAGUGGGGAGGAUGGUGGAGGAGCAGAAGCCGCUUACAGCGCCCCCAUAGUCACUGCUCUCACCCCUCUCAUGAUUCCCGAGGUGUUCCCCAAUGUCCCUGUCAUUGCAGUGUCCAGGAACCCCCGUCUUCCCCAGGUUCGUCAAGAUCAUUGAGGUCAGAAACCCAAAUCUUAUGGCUCUUCUAAGGCGUAAAGUAAGGCUUGCCCAACCGUAUGCUGGAGUUUUUCUCAAGAGAGAUGACAAUAAUGAGUCAGAUUUGGUUGGAAGCCUGGAUGAAAUUUUCCACACUGGUACAUUUGUUCAGAUCCAUGAGAUGCAGGACAUGGAAGACAAGCUGCGAAUGAUCGUUAUGGGUCAUAGGAGGAUCCGCAUCAAUAAGCAGCUAGAUAUUGAAGCGGACGAUCCAAAUCCUGAGGAGAAAGCAGACGGGAAAAAGAGACGAAGAAGUCCAGCAAUCAGGAACACCAAUGAGGUUGCCAAGAGAGAGCAAGUAGUUGUGGAUCCAAACUCCCCGCCAGGAGUCCUUAUGGUCGAAGUUGAUAAUGUGACACAUGAAGAAUUCCAGAUAACUGAAGAAGUGAAAGCUCUCACUGCUGAAAUAGUGAAAAACUAUCCGUGAUAUUAUUGCUUUGAAUCCACUAUACAGGGAAUCUGUAAUGCAGAUGAUGCAAGCUGGACAGAGAGUGGUGGACAAUCCUAUUUACUUAAGUGACAUGGGUGCAGCACUGACUGGGGCCGAUUCCCAGGAACUGCAGGAUGUAUUAGAAGAGACAAAUAUCCCAAAACGCCUGUACAAAUCUCUUUCAUUGUUAAAGAAAGAAUUUGAACUAAGCAAGCUACAACAGCGUCUGGGCCGAGAGGUUGAAGAGAAGAUCAAACAAACGCAUAGAAAGUAUCUCCUACAAGAACAGCUAAAGAUUAUCAAGAAAGAGCUGGGCUUGGAAAAAGAAGACAAAGAUGCUAUUGAGGAGAAGUUUAGAGAGCGUUUAAAAAUCCUUACAGUUCCUAAACAUGUCAUGGAGGUCAUUGAUGAAGAGCUUGGCAAACUGGGACUACUUGACAACCAUUCCUCUGAAUUCAAUGUAACAAGAAACUACCUUGACUGGCUAACUUCCAUUCCUUGGGGAAAGUACAGUCAAGAGAACUUGGAUUUGCGGAGAGCAGAGGACGUUUUGGAGGAAGAUCACUAUGGAAUGGAAGAUGUCAAAAAGAGAAUCCUUGAGUUUAUAGCUGUAAGUCAGUUACGUGGAAGUACCCAGGGGAAGAUUCUUUGCUUUUACGGGCCACCUGGAGUGGGUAAAACUAGCAUUGCCCGUUCCAUUGCACGUGCCUUGAACAGGGAAUACUUCCGCUUUAGUGUUGGAGGAAUGACUGACGUAGCUGAGAUUAAGGGUCAUAGGAGAACUUAUGUUGGGGCCAUGCCAGGGAAAAUCAUACAGUGCCUAAAAAAGACAAAGACUGAAAAUCCCCUUAUUCUUAUUGAUGAGGUGGAUAAACUUGGUCGUGGGUACCAAGGUGAUCCAUCCUCUGCUCUCCUUGAGCUUUUGGAUCCAGAACAGAAUGCUAAUUUUCUGGAUCAUUACUUGGAUGUUCCCGUUGACUUGUCUAAGGUCCUUUUCAUCUGCACAGCCAAUGUUACAGAAACUAUUCCAGAGCCUCUGAGAGACCGUAUGGAGAUGAUCAAUAUAUCUGGAUAUGUAGCCCAGGAGAAGUUGGCCAUAGCAGAGAGGUAUCUCGUGCCACAGGCACUAACUUUGUGUGGGCUGGAUGAAGGGAAAGCUCAGAUCACAUCUGACGCACUCACUGUUUUAAUCAGGCAGUAUUGCAGGGAGAGUGGAGUACGGAAUUUACAGAAACAAGUAGAAAAGGUCCUUCGAAAGGCUGCCUACAGUAUUGUGAAUGGGGAGGCUCAGUCUGUGGAUGUAACAGAGUCCAACCUUCAGGAUUUUGUUGGAAAGCCCAUCUUCACUGUGGACAGGAUGUAUGAGGUCACCCCACCUGGGGUUGUGAUGGGCCUAGCUUGGACUGCUAUGGGUGGAUCUACCCUGUUUAUUGAGACCUCUCUUCGACGUCCAUUGGACAAAGAAAAUAAAGAUGGUUCCCUUGAAGUAACAGGACAGCUUGGGGAUGUUAUGAAGGAAAGUGCCAAGAUUGCAUAUACAUUUGCCCGUGCCUUCCUGAUGAGGAAACAACCAGAUAAUAACUUUUUGGUUACCUCACAUAUUCACUUGCAUGUUCCAGAGGGUGCUACACCAAAGGAUGGCCCUAGUGCGGGAUGCACUAUUGUUACUGCUCUUCUUUCCUUAGCUUUGGGACGUCCUGCCCGCCAAAAUGUGGCAAUGACGGAGAGGUGUCUUUAACAGGAAAAAUCCUACCUGUAGGCGGUAUCAAAGAAAAAACUAUAGCCGCUAAAAGAGCAGGUGUCACCUGUAUCAUCCUUCCAUCAGAGAAUAAGAAAGAUUACUAUGACCUGGCCUCGUUCAUCACUGAGGGACUAGAGGUGCAUUUUGUUGAGCACUAUGAAGAGAUCUAUGGCAUUGUGUUUCCAGAUCCCUGA